AUGAGACUGCCUAAAUGAGAGCACCCUCUUCCAAGCAUAUCUGUUGCAAAUUCGAGUUGGACGUUGCGCAGAGAAAAGAAAGCUUUGCCAGUUGCCAGAGGCUUGUUAAGAUUCCGUGCAAUGAAUCGAGUACAUUGAGAGGUUUUUCCGUGCGGGUUUCCGCACGCGGUGCAAAGUUUGUUUCCUUUAACGCAAUAGUUAUGAAUAGAAUGUAGGUCAUGUUAUGCGCGUGAGAGGGGAGUAAGUACAGGCAUUUUCUGACAAGCGUUUUCGGAUUCCGUGCACGCUGCAUGCACACACGUUGUGAGCGACUCGGUUAGAAGAUAUUUGACAUCACCCCUCAAGUGAUUCUCCAAGCUGCUGCAUCAACAAAAUAUCCUCUCACAGCCCUUAAGCACUGGUGUGAAGCUUCUGGCUUCUCACGUGGAGAUCUGCACCUGCUAUUGUAGAGAAGUUUUCACUUAUGACCACAGUGUGUGGACGCUGAGAAUCGUUGGCAGGAUAAAAGAAGUGGAUUACUUGACAACGCCAAGUUGCGCCCGAUGGAGAAAGUGUUUCGAGUUUCGGGAGUGGUGAUGCGGAUUGUAAUUCUGUUUGUCAUCCUGUACUUCUUCAUCUGUUCCCUGGGCCUGCUCGAAGACUCCUUCAAGUUGCUGGGCGGUCGUGCGGCUGGAGAGACCUUCAGGAACAGCGACCUUCUGUCCAAUCCUAUCGCUGGUCUCAUGAUCGGUGUGCUUGCAACAGUGUUGGUUCAGAGCUCCUCCACCGCUACGUCCAUUGUGGUGGCUAUGGUCGCUUCUGAGGUAAUCCCCUUGCGGACGGCCAUCCCCAUCAUCAUGGGCACCAACAUCGGUACGUCAGUGACAAGCACGCUGGUGUCCCUGGCUCAGGCCGGAGAGAGAGAGGAGUUCAAGAGGGCGUUUGCUGGAGCUACGGUUCAUGACAUGUUCAACUGGAGUGCGGUCAUUGUGCUACUUCCCAUGGAAAUUGCCACAAGCUUCUUAUAUCACAUGACAAAAGCGAUCGUGGACUCGAUGAACCUGGCCGCAGACGACAUGAAGAUCGAGAUGCUCACAGCUCUCACCAAGCCUUUUACGGAGCUUAUUAUAGAGAUCAACAAGGCAGUGAUCACAGACAUUGCCAUGUCUCCCAAUGCCACAGAAGAGUCUUCAGUGAUGAAGCGCUGGUGCUCUGUCAGUAUGGUCACUGAGGAGGUGUCGGUCAUCCGCUACAACCCGGUGAUUAAGGACUGCAGUCAUGUGAACAGAGAUUCCUUGUUCUACCCCGGAUGCACUGGUGGGGGCAAGGAGAGGAUGACCGGAGACCUCGAGUUUUUGAUUGGCUGGAAUGAAACGGAGUUGAUUAAUAAAACCCUACAUCGUAAUAGAUGUCCCAGCUUGUUUGCUCAGACAGACUUGGGUGACAAAGCAGCCGGAGCUAUCCUUCUCGUUGUCUCCAUUGUCAUCAUUCUCACCUCACUCAUUGGCAUUGUCAAAGUGCUGAACUCUAUGCUGCAGGUGUUCACAUCGACACUGACCCCUCUGGUGGGCGUUGGGAUCGUCAGUGUAGAGCGGAUGUACCCUAUGACCCUAGGCUCCAACAUCGGCACAACAGUUACAAGUAUCCUGGCGGCCAUGUCUACCAAAGGCAACCAUAUGUCACAGGCCCUGCAAAUCGCACUCUGCCACCUGUUCUUCAACAUCUCAGCAGUCCUCAUCUUUUACCCCAUACCAUUCAUGAGAUUUCCAAUUGCCCUGGCCAAAAUUCUCGGCCACGUCACUUCAAAGUAUCGCUGGUUUGCUGGGUUUUAUCUCCUCAUGAUGUUUAUCAUCCUUCCAGGUGCGGUGUUUGGUCUUUCCUACGCUGGCUGGAUUUAUCUGGCUUGUAUUGGGGGUCCACUCUUUUUCGUGUUUCUGAUAACUGUCGUUAUAAAUGUCCUCCAGGUGAAGAGACCACACUGGCUACCACUAAAACUUCGCAACUGGGACUUUUUACCGCUAUGUUGCCACUCAUGUCGUCCAAUAGAUAGUGUCGUCACAUGUAGCUGUAUAAACAAAAAGUGUUCAAAUCCUGAUGACGAAAAUGACAGUGAUGAAGAUGAUAAUGAUGAUGAGGAUGAUAAUGAUAUGGGUGAAUUCAAGGAAAGUAGACUGGAAAAAGGUCUGGCCGGCAAUAUAAGACACAAUGGGGAUGAUGGAGAAGUUAGAACUAUUUCAAUGAAAUCAGCUUUUUAGUUUAAGGCAGUCACUGUAAUGAACAAUUUCAAAGGUGUUCACUGUUUUUACUAUUCAUGGAAAGGUUUCAUGACUGUUUGAGGAGUUUUUAUAAGAUUCAAACAUCAACCCAUGCAAAACAAACAAAAUUCUCAUCAUUCUUAGAAAAUCACAGGAAAACAUUUUUUAUAACCCUCGAAAAGUUCCUCUAUGCCCAGGGCUUGUGGAGAUCAAUGACUAAACCUCCAAGACAAUCCUAUUCACUUUUAAAAGGGCAUUCGAAUUCAAAUUCAACGAUGGAAAACAAAACAGAUAGCAUAUUACAGAUAAUGAAGAUAGUGCAGUGGAGUCCCAAACAUGGUUAAUCCAAAAACAGUGAUAUAUUGACAGAAAAUAAAAUUCCUAAUUUAUUUCUUUUGGUUAAGUAACUUCUACAAACUGAGAAACUUGUUAAAACCUGAAGAAAGUCAAGUAUUCUCUGAUAAUAAUUUCAGUUUAAGCAAAGUCCACUAUUUUAACACCUUUGCUUAAUUAACCACAUAAUUUUGCUUCAUCUUUAAGUUCAUGGUAAGAAAUUCUGUCCCAUGUGUUGCUCUAAGGACUCUCUAUUCUUUAAAAUACUUUUUUUUUUUAAACACUAAAAUGAAGUCACCAAAAUAAACUUUUCUUGAAUUUUUAACACUUUGACUCUUUGCAUGGUGGAGAAACUAGCCAUUGUAUAAUGCCCACAUACAUCUACCUAAAGGUACCUUAUCACAAGUUAUAGAUACUAUCAUGCCGAUACAGUGUGACUUUGGGGCAUUUUUUGCUAUGGGGUUUACAUUUGAUGCACAUAUGCCGUGGAGGUUGGGUUUUACUUCAAUGACUGUUUCCCCUUCUGCUUUUGUUGUAACUGUGUUCAUAUAUUAUGAUCUGAUAAACUGGAAAUAGCAAGAUGUAUCAAAUAAGAUGUUUGGAGGAUAGUUUACUCCUGCAAAGGUUAAACAGAUUUUCCGGUAUAAUUAAUAAAUACACACAUAAAGAGGGCCUUGAUACAUGUGGUGAUUAUGUUGAAAAUGCUCCCUUACUGUAAAGCUGUACUACUCAAGUAAGUAAAUUGUUAAUGAGAUAAUAUUCCGACGGAAAUGAAAAUACAGAUGAAGGAAAAGAGAGAAAGAGAGAGAGAGAGGAAGAGAGAAGGAGAGAUGUGAGUACAGAACAACUGCAAUAGAAAGAAAGAAAAGAGUGAAGUACCAAACCCCGAGAGGACUGAAUGUGAUCAGUGAAAAUUUAGUUGGUUUCAUAUUAUUGAACGUGUCUGUCAAAAUGAGUGUUAUGAAAUUUCAAUGGCAAAUUAUGGAAUGGGGUAUUUUUUAUUUUGUCAUAAAAAUCAACUUUAUUUUUGUGUGUUUGUGAGUGUGCAUCAUGUGUAUGCGUGUGUGUCUGUGUGUGUGUGUGUAUGAAUCUGACUAUGAUGGAGUGUGUGUAGCCUACAUGUGACAGCAUGAGAGUCAUGGAUAGAAAGAAGGAGAAAGUUGAAGAGUCUUAUCUUUCUUUUUUGUAUUGUAUAUUAUAAUGAAUUUUUUUUAAUGUAACAUACUAGCUGCCUACGUGCCUUUAGCAUAACAAUCCAGAACUUAGGGAGUAGACCAUCUUGUUUGUAUUUUUAUCACUGCCACUAAAGUCCAGACUGAUUGACGACAGUCUAGCUGUGACUAAAAUUUUGCAAUAUAUCCACUAAAUGCAAAUUAAAAUUGUACAAAAGAAUAAAUUCUACUUUAUUGAUCCC